CACACUCCAGGUUGCAGGAGUAUACACUUGGAUGGACAAAGUAAAAAGAGGAGGGAGAGAAAUAGCUCAGUUUAAAUGUUCCCACUGAGGGAAGAAAGCAAAAACAAACACUGGAAGAGGAAGGUGGAAAUAUAAUUAAGAAGCAAGGAAAGGCCAAGCAGGAAAAACUAAAACAUUCUGUCUACUCUGUUUUCCACCAUGGGACAGCAUUUCACUAAUGAGGAAGGUGAACAAGUUGAUAUCGAUGCAGCUGAACUUCAGGAAUGGUAUAAGAAGUUUGUAGUGGAAUGUCCAAGUGGGACUCUCUUCAUGCAUGAAUUCAAGCAUUUCUUUGGGGUACAGAAUGAUGAGCAAGCUGCAGAGUAUGUGGAAAACAUGUUCAAGGCUUUUGAUAAGAAUGGGGAUAACACUAUCGACUUCCUAGAGUAUGUAGCUGCUUUGAACCUUGUCCUAAGAGGAAAACUGGAACACAAACUGAGGUGGACAUUCAAAAUAUAUGAUAAAGAUGGGAAUGGUUGUAUAGAUAAACCAGAGCUCCUAGAAAUAAUUGAGUCUAUUUAUAGGCUAAAGCAAAUAUGCCAGACAGAAGCAGAAAAAGGACGACCCUCACUCACUCCAGAAGAAGUUGUGGAAAGGAUAUUUCAGCUAGUGGAUGAAAAUGGAGAUGGGCAGUUAUCUUUAGAUGAAUUCAUUGACGGAGCACGGAAAGACAGGUGGGUGAUGAAGAUGCUACAGAUGGAUGGGAAUGCAGGAGUAUGGAUCACUGAGCAAAGGAGGAAAAGUGCACUGUUCUAACUAUUGUGCAUUGGACUGGAAAAGAUUAAAAGGGAUUGAGCGCUUCCUUUCAUCCAAGAAUCAUCUGAGUAACCAAGGGAAUUCUUCACACAACUUUGUGAAACCAAGUGUCAGCAUCCUGAACAUGCAUACGAAAAGUAAUAUGAAGCAAUAACAUUCAAAGACCUCCACUUAAAACCAGCCAUGCUAGGAAGUAAUCAUAUGAAUUUAUAACCAUCCUGUUUGUUGAAGCAGACUUGCAUCUAUGUUAUAAGAAACUGACCUGCAAGUGUCUUGAAGUAAAAGCCAAAUGUUGUUUGAUGCUGAGAAGACACAAGGUGACUGACUAGUGAAACACCAUGCAUUAUCUGUGGACUGUUUUGGUUUUUUUAUGCCUGGCCGAAGAGGUGAUCUAGGUGCAACAAAGGAAAUGAUGACUCUGUAAUAUACUUUGAAGAUAAUGGCUAAUCUAUUCUGAUAACAAGUCUGUGUCUUUCCAAGGGUUUUAUUUGCUGAGUAACCACAAUAACUGUUGCACAAAACUAUUUGGACAAAGUUAGAAUGUCUUUGUAACAUUCCAGACUAACAAUCAAACAUGUGUAGCAUUGGAAACAGAGACAAUUAGUCUUUAUAGAGCAUGGAACAAAUCUGUAAGAACCAAGCAAACAAGAUACAUAAUUCCAUUGAUCCUGAAUGUCCAUUGUUUUCUACUUUGUUACCUUUGGGCAGAUUUCUCCAGGUGAUGGAUCUAUUUUGGAACUAUUCUGGAGAUGUUUUGGGGCAUUUGGCUCAGUUAAAAUUAUAUACUGUCGUUCGUGAGAUCAGAAGCACAUUCCUUCCUUAGUCUUUUAUCUGUUUCUCUUCCACCAUCUCUAGUACCAAUUCUUGCAGACUAACCAGGACUACUUCCAAACAAUGGUUUGCCAGCCUACAACAAUAAUUUAGAGUCAACAAUUAACCAUAAAUGGCAUGUCAUGGCAAACAAUGGGAAUCAGAGCUAGAAAACAAAGGAGAGAUCCAGAAUCUGGAAUUAAAGAUAGAAUGGGAGAAAAGUAUCAGACUUCUUUGCAUGCUUCCCAUAUUUCAUAUCCUAGUUUAGAAGUCAUGUGUCCUGAAUGAGAAAAUAAUAAGAGAGCAAGGUUUUAAUGGAGGAAAGGCCACAUUUAUGAAAUCAUAAGUGUUAGGCCUGUCAUUUUUAAAUAAAAAGCACAUAUAGUCUAAUACUCUAGUUGCAUGUUACCGAUAUUCUAUUAGGCAGUUUAUAGAUAUGACCAUUAGGAUAUACAAUAAGCACCUAUAUAAUGGAUUUACUGAAACCACACAAGGAAGAACUCAUUUAUCUUAGUGGCCUGAGAUUCAUUCAGAUUACUAAGGCCCCAGGGCCAGCAUCAUAUUUAUCAAGGACUUCAGUAUCUUCUUCCUUCUUCUGGUAAGUGGGCUCUUGGCUUCCUCUUAUCUUCAUAGUGGCAACAGAAGCCACAAAAAUACAAAAUAAUGAAAAACAUAGAGAAAACAAAGGAACCACAAGCUAUCAAACAAGCAUUCCUCUUGGUGCCCCCAACUUAAUUCAGCCAGAAUGCCUCCAAGUUUCUGCAGAGCCAUUUUCUCUGCUCGGUCACACUCUUUGAGGUAUUGUGGGAUUUAAAAUAACAGGUGACACUUUCUGCCACCCGGGAUUCAUUGUUAAGAUGCUGUAGCCAAUAAUUUAAGCCACAAUGAUGCCUACUGAAGGCUUCAACUAUUGGCCAUUGCCUAGUGGUGUAUAUAUCUAAAUCUGGGCUUUGUACAGGUUAAUUCUCAAUACUGAAAUAGUUUAAUUGCCUCUAGACUAUAUCACUUCACACAGUAAGGGGAAGACCCACAUGUUGUAUUACAUGUUGUAUUGUCAUGUCAUUGUACUUUAGUGAAGAGAAUGCUGGAUUAAGACUUGGAAGUGAACAGUUCAAGUGAACAGUGAACCUAAAAGCUGCCUGGUUGACUUUGGGCCUGUCACUAUCCUUUCACCUGAUUUUUCUGAAAGGGUUGUGGAGAUCAAUUGGAUAGAGACCCAUGUAUGUUGCCUUGUGCUCAUAGAAGGAAAGAUGGACUGUAAGUGUAGUGAAUAAGAAUAGAUAUAGGUACAUAUGUCAGGAAGCAAGCUAGUGUAGCAUUCAUUUAUCUGGAGUGCUGGGUUUCAAUGUGCAGAUUUUUAUUUUUAUAUGCAGACAUAUAUUAAGUCCUAUAACUCUUCACUUGCUUCUGAAGUGGGACUGUCCAAACUUUAUUUUUGUGGUUACUAGUCCUGUGAAAUCCAGACAAAUAGAUUUUAAUUGAUAUAUUCCCAUGUUGACAUGAUCUAACAUAGGUCACACAAACUUUGUGCCUGCGUCUCCAUGUGCUUGAGUCUAGUGUGUUUGGUAAUUUUUUUUCUUGGUCCACCAUCCCAGAAUGCUUCAGCAAGUAUUAUGUUGAAGCUACACUCUAAAAAGAAAUCUAUCCCAGAUUUAGUCACAAAAUGUGUACUUUGUAUAUGGUAUAUUGUUUAGAAAUAAAAAAUAGUAUAGCAUGGAA